AGUAUGUAUGAAAGAAAAGACAUGCUCCGUAACCUACAUUGCAAAGGUCACAGCGCUACUGCUCCAGGCUUCUGAAAACCACAGUUUGAGCCAGCAUCAUGGCUGGUCUGAAGAUUUGGUCUGUUUUCCUGAUUAUACUGUACCAUUUCUGUCAAAGAUGUAUCCCAUGUGGAAUUUCAACACAUAUUGAAAUAGCACACAGAGCUCUGGAAUUUUUCAUUAAGAAUGAAGGGAGUGUUAAUUAUAGACAGUUAUUACUAAACCACCAAGAUGCAUUUCAAGCUGGGAGCAUUUAUCCUGAUGCCUUUUAUUCACCAGUCUGCAAAGCGGGGAUAUUCCAUGAUGUGUCUGAAGACACUCACUGGUCACCAUUUCUAAAAGCAAGUAUUCAGUACAUCAGAAGGAAUUAUCCUCAGCCUUGGGAAGAGGCUACAGAGAAACUGGUGGCUUUCCUGUUUGGAAUUGCCUCACAUAUGGUGGCAGAUGUUAGCUGGCAUAGCCUGGGCAUCGACCAAGGAUUUCUAAAGGCCAUGGGAGAAAUUGAUUUUCAUGGUUCAUACUCAGAAGCUCACAGUGCUGGCGAUUUUGGAGGAGAUGUAGUGAGUAAUUAUGAGCUGGACUUCAGUUAUCUGGCAUCAAAUUGGUAUGUGCCUGUCAAAGACCUAGCAGCUAUCUAUAAGGAAUUUUAUGGAAAGGAGGUCAUAACUGAAAGCACAAUUACUGACUGUACUUUCCUGCUGUAUCUUGAACUGCAUGGAGAAAGGCUUGCUGUUGCCAAGCUUUUUCCAAGAUAUGCUAAUAAAUCUCCAUUUCUGGUGGAGAAGUUCCAUGAAUAUUUCCUUGGAGGAGUGGAUGACAUGGCGUUCUGGACAAACAAUAUUUUUGAGAUGACCAGCCACAUGCUAGAGAAUGGAACCAGUGGCUGUUACCUCCCUGAGAACCCUCUGUUUAUAAAUUGCACAAAGGAGCACAGGGACAACCACAUCAGAAACAAACAAUCAAAACAUGAACGUCACCAGAAUACAACUUCUUUGCUUACAGAAUCACUUGAGAAGAAUAUAAACUAUACAGAAAGAGGAGUUCACUUCAACAUGCAGUCUUGGGCAACAAAUUCCCUCCGCUUGAUGAACCGUGCUUUUACAACCAAUAUCUGGAGAGCAUUAGCAGCUACACAUCAGAAAUCUUCUAAGCACAUCUCCAAGCCAGUAGCUUCAUAUUUUCUGACCUCACCCUAUGCUAGACUUGGAUGGGCAAUGAUCUCAGCUGACCUAAACCAGGAUGGAUAUGAAGAUUUGGUGGUUGGAGCACCAGGGUACAGCACCAUGGGCCAUGUUCAGAUAGGACGGGUGUAUGUAGUCUACUGUAACCAGUCAGGUUUGCCACGAGAGGACAUGGAUUUGGAUGAGAAAGCCGACCAAGUACUACAAGGUCAUCAGCCUUCAGGAAGAUUUGGUUCUGCCUUGGCAGUCCUGGACUUUAAUGAGGAUGGAGUGCCAGAUCUGGCAAUUGGAGCACCUUCUGUGGGAUCCCAGUUUCUUACUUACAAAGGUGCUGUGUAUGUCUACUUCGGCUCUGAGGGAAGAGGCUUGGCAUCUCAGCCAAAUGUUACCAUAACUUGUCAGGAUUCCUACUGUAAUCUUGGUUGGUCCCUCCUGGCAGCUGAUGUUGAUGGGGAUGGAAAUGCUGAUCUGGUUGUGGGCUCUCCAUAUGCACCUGGUGGUGGGCAGCAGAGAGGAUUUGUGGUUGCAUUUUACUCUUAUUUCAACAGGAGUGACCAAGGCAUUCACAGUACAACCCACUGUCUGCUGACCUGUGAUGGUGAUUGUCUCAACCAGUACUUUCCCAUCUGGUUCUCCACCCAUCCAGAUGCAAUGUCCCAGCUUGGAUAA